GCAUGCCAUGCUGCUUCUCUCUCAUCAACACCGUCUCCAGCCCCAGGACUGAAAUAUCCUCCACUGAACCUCAAGUGGCACAUGUCGACCCGCGGAAAAGACGGUAGUAGAGGAUACGGCCCUGCGAGGGUCUCCUGCGAAGAAUGUCGCCGAAUGAAGUCCCGUUGCGACAAACAGCGUCCCUGCGGGCCCUGCAUCCGCCGCGGGUGUGCAGACAUUUGUCCCAACGGCACUCUGCCCACUAGAAGAGUAUUCAGGACCAUGUACGCCGACAAAGAGGCUCUCCAGCAGAAACUUGAACCACUCUGUAAUCGGAUCCAUGAGCUAGAGAAUGCACUAGCCAAGCUGUCAUCUAGAGUGUCCGACAAACCUCACCCCCUGCUCAGCGAGGACCUGCUAGCGCUCAAAAUGAUGGAUAAACCCGUCGGUCAGAGCCAAACGCCUGAAUCAACACGCCCAUCUCCAUCCCGCUCGCCGUCACCGACUCCUAUAGACACACUCGUAGAUGACUAUGGCACUCUGACUCUGGGUGGAGACGGUCGGAUAACUUACUUUGGCAGGUCUGCAGGUCCCGAAAUCCUCUUGCAGGUCAUGCGCGACGCAGACCCAAUUCCUUCCAGUAGCAAGAGCAAUCCUGCAUCCCUUCCACCGAGCCUGCAGCGCAGGCCCUCCGAAAGCGAAGAUCUGUUCCACGGCGGCUCAUACGACGAGCCAACGCUUCGCCACCUCGAGUCCCGCCUUCCCAGCUAUGCGCGCGCCACGUCACUCUGCGAGUCUUACCUCGAACACUCCUCCUGGUUUUUCGGCCCGAUCCAGCGCGACGAGCUGAUCAACGAGCUGCUCACGCCGAUAUAUCGGUUCCUCGGGAGCCAGCGUGACGGAGGCACUCGCACGUACAACCCGCAGAAGCUUGCGGUGCUCUUCCUCGUCUUGUCGCACGGGGCGCUCAUGGAUCUGACGCUCGCGCCGUACAAUGCGGAAGCAGAGACGUACUACCAGGCGGGGAGCUCGAUGGUGUCUAUGCAGGAUAUCAGCGAGGCACCGUCUAUCGAGGUGAUACAAGCGCUGGGAUACAUGGGGACCUACCAUAUCCUCUGUGAGCCUCGGUAUGGCCUAUCGAGUGCCUGGCCGUUGAUCGCCGUGGCAAUCAAAUUGUCUCAAGCUAUCGGCCUCCACGUGGACAGCGCACAUUGGCAGUUGGACCCGAUAACCGUAUACAGGAGAAGACUGUUGUUUUGGGAACUCGUCUCGCAGGAGCUGCCUAUGAGUCUGAGCACGGGUCGACCACCAAGCACACACUGGGAUUUUGUCAACUGCAAAAUGCCCAUCCCGAACCAUACAGAAGCUGCAGAUGUCAUUGAUCAACAUGCCGGGAAGCGAUAUGCGUUCAAUCGUGACAUUCUAUGGCAGGCUGUCAAGCUGACCAUCGGCGGCCAAGUACCGAGCUACAGCGCUAUCCUCGAUCUGGACAAGAAACUGAACGCUAGAGGACCCCCACCCGGUGUGGAGGUGAAGGUGGAAUCCGAUGUGGGCGAUAUUGAAUUUCCGAGUCCCGCCAGCCCCAACGCGCUCUUGGGUAUCUUCAGCUCUUGUUAUGUUCGCAUGUACAUCCACCGCCCGUUCUUCGCCAAAGCCUUCCUCGACUACCCCGCGGACCCAAUCCACAGUCCGUACGGCGCCUCGGUCAUCGCGACGUAUCGCGCUGCCCUCUUAGAUUUGAAGACUCUCACACAACUCCUCCAGCAACGCCCGGUUCUAUGUCAACGAUUCUUUUUCAUCUGGCUGCAUGCAUUCUCAGCAGCGAUUGUCGUAGCAUUCGUGGCGAUCAAGAUUUCAACCGUGAGCAUCGCGAGUGUUGCGUUUGACCGACUGCACGCUGCCAUCGAGUUGUUCGAAAAGGGCGGCUCUCAGUCGCAUCGAGCGCAAGUAUCAUUGCCUGUCCUGCAUGAACUGCGUGAAAAGGCCUACUUGCGCCUCUCGCGCCUCCCCGGCUCAGAUCUAGAGCCGUCUGUCGCAGAACAUCUGUCCACCUUUGUCGGGCGGACAAAGUUCAAGGUCGUCUCCUCCAACCCAUCCUCAUCCGCCGGGUCUCCCGAUUCGGGGCAGGGCGACAUGCAGGCGGAUUUGCCCCGGCUAAUUUCCUGGGACCAGAAUAUCGGGACGAUGAUGCAGAGCUCGACCCCGCAGGAUAUACCGGCAUUCCACGAUCCACUGUCGACGUUCGGCUCUGGCGCGUCAUACGACGAGUGCCGCACGUACCUCGAUUUUGUGCCCAGGGACACCCACGCUCUUGUUGGUAACCGCGAAGAACUGGGACACGAUGAUCUGCCGGCCGCUGUUCCAGAACAUAUGACGUUCUUCUCUGAGAUCCUGUCCAACAGAAACUUAUGAAUCUAGAGUUACUCUUGUUUCGUUGCGUGAGGAGGUCAGAGUCUGGACUGACUCGGUAUGUGUAGGAUACUCGUGACUAGUCUAUAGGCACACCAUGCCACGGGGGAGCGCUAUGUAGAAGACGUUGGCGGAUUCGGA